GAUGCUGAAAGAUAGAUUAAAAACCAGGAAAACGUGUUUCUAAAUAAUUAAUUCAACGGAUGCUGAAAGAUAGACUAAAGACUUAUUCUUUAACAACUUGGUUGAGCCGUAUAUAUUAGUAGGUUUGAAUGUUAUUCUGUUCUCGGCUUUGUGGCUGCUAUCCUCUGCAAAAUCAGACGCAUUUUGAUUGGAGUAACACCAUUCUUUUUUACCCUUUAUUCACCGCCGGAGAAAAAUUUCUUGCUAAGCUCAUCUUCAAGAAUCAGAUAUCAUCAUGCUUGGCAAGGAGUUUUUCACCGAGUAUGGUGAAGCAAGUCUGUAUGAGAUUCAGGAAGUUGUUGGGAAAGGAAGUUAUGGAGUUGUUGCAGCUGCGGUUGAUACGCACACAGGCGAAAAGGUUGCUAUUAAGAAGAUUAAUGAUGUGUUCGAGCAUGUCUCGGAUGCGACUCGCAUUCUGAGAGAAAUUAAGCUUCUUAGGCUGCUUAAGCAUCCGGAUAUUGUAGAGAUUAAACAUAUCAUGCUUCCUCCUUGUAGAAGAGAGUUUAAAGAUAUUUAUGUGGUGUUUGAGUUGAUGGAAUCUGAUCUUGAUGAAGUGAUCAAGGUUAAUGACGAUUUAACUCCUGAACAUCAUCAGUUUUUCCUGUAUCAGCUUCUUCGCGCUUUGAAGUAUAUACAUACAGCACAUGUGUUUCAUAGAGAUUUGAAACCGAAGAAUAUCCUGGCUAACGCAGACUGCAAGUUGAAGAUAUGUGAUUUUGGUCUAGCGCGUGCUUUGUUAGAUGAUACCCCGUCAGCAAUUUUUUGGACUGACUAUGUGGCUACUAGAUGGUAUCGAGCUCCUGAACUUUGCGGCUCCUUUUUCUCUAAAUAUACUCCUGCAAUUGAUAUCUGGAGCAUAGGAUGUAUAUUUGCGGAGAUGCUAACCGGAAAGCCGUUGUUUCCUGGAAGGAACGUUGUGCACCAAUUGGAGCUCGUCACUGAUUUGCUCGGUUCUCCUUCUCCUGAAAUCAUUUCGAGGAUACGAAAUGACAAGGCUAGAAGAUACUUAAACAGCAUGCCAAAGAAAACCCCUAUUCCAUUCUCACAAAAAUUCCCAACUGCUGAUCCGUUGGCACUUCGAUUGCUUGAACGAUUGAUUGCAUUUGAUCCUGCAGACCGCAUAUCUGCUGAAGAGGCCUUAGCUGAUCCGUAUUUUUAUGGGCUAGCGAAUUUGGAAACUGAACCAUCCAAAGAGCCGAUUUCGAAACUUGAAUUUGAGUUUGAGAGGCGAAGAUUAACUAAGAAUGACGUACGAGAGUUGAUUUAUAGGGAGAUCCUAGAGUAUCACCCACAAAUGCUGCAAGAGUACCUUCAUGGCGAAGAACACAUAAGCUUCAUGUAUCCAAGUGGAAUCGAACGAUUCAAGCAGCAAUUUGCCGAUCUUGAGGAUCAGGAAGGGAAGGAACGAAAAAACUCUCCGCUUCAUAGGCACUACACAUCAUUGCCAAGAGAGCGGAUAUGUGUACCCAUAGAAGAAGCUGUUGAUGAAAUCAACACCUUUGAAAGGCGUACGAAUGCUGCUAUCGCUAGCUCUCUCGAAAGCCCACCGAGAUCAGAAAGGUGUAACGAAUCCAAAACUGUUAAAAAAGAUUCUAACAUUAUCCCAAACAGCCGUAAAAAUCCAGACUUGCCCAGAAGUUCUUGCACUAACACACCCAAAUAUGUAGGACCCAGCAACAGGAGUUGCAAGGGUCAAGGAGAUGAGGUGAGCAGUGUUCUGUCACAGAAGCUAGCAGCACUGAGUUCUUGAUCUGUGUAUCAAGGCUUUGAUACUAGAUUUUGACAGAAUCUAGUAUAAACUCAACCAUGUAAUAUUACUAUUGUGAAGUUUGAUAAUUUACCUGCUGCUGAUAUUUGUUGGUUGCUGUUGAAGCUUUGUUAUUUCAAACACUGCUACCUUGUUGCAAUAACAUGUACUUAUUGUAGUAUAAUUUGAAUUCAGUUCUGAUGAUCCCUUA